AUGUGCGGCAUGGUGUUGAGCGAUAGUAAUAUUGGUCAGCAAAGCAAAUACAAUACAUACAAAAAUCACCAUGCCACACAUUGUAAUGCAGGUAAUUUAGUAAAUCACCACCAGAGUUCGCAAAUAUUACAAUUGACGUCUUCUGUGAGCAGAACACCAAAGCCUGAGAUCGAGAAUACGGAGCUGCAUCGACAAAGAAUCAAGCAAAAACUCGAGAAUAAUGAGUAUAAAUACAUCGUCGCAAUUGAUCCCGGUAUGAAAACAUACUUAGCCGGAAUUCGUCGGAAUAUUGAAGAUCGCACUGAGGAAAAUUUCAAGAUAUCUUCGAAGUCAUAUCAUUGGGGUGCCGGACAAAAAGUCAGAGACAAAAUGGGAAAGCGUAUGACUGCCAGAUUCACGCAACGAGAGCAAUUGGACCGUGAAAGCUAUCCAUCGAUACCAUCACCGCGAGGAAUCCGAUGGAGAAAUUACGUCAGGCAUCGAUUAACCAUGGUGAAAGAUGCAGUGGCUGCAUAUGCUCGGCGACGUUAUGCACGGCUUUCGUUUGACAAAUACAUCGGGUCACAAGGUGAGAAAGAUUGUCUGGCGAAAGUAAUAACAAAGAAUGAGCCAUCGCUUAUAAACAUCGGAGCAGUGGAUAUGGCACCCAAUUCACUAAUUGGCAUAAAAAAGGGAAAAUGA